UGAAUUUUGGCUUUUGGCUUUUGGUUCUUGUUCAUCAGAAGCUUAUCAAUCAACUUCAUUAAACAAAACCCUAAAAGGAGAAUUGAGUGUUGCAGUGACCAUACCAAUGGAGGGGCUGACAAUAAUACUAUACCAGGAACUAUUUGCAUGAGCUAAACCAGCACAAGCUGUCAGCUGAGCUAAGAGAAUCCCAAAAAGCAAGGCAAAGUAAUAACUUGAGCUUCAAGCUUCAAAGAGAUAAAAGAAUGGCCUGACUCGUGUCGAGCAUGUAAUGUAUGUAUCUAUCACAUCCUCACAUCUAUACACACACCCAUGCACACGCAAAGAUAAAAAGCCAGCAAUCAUAACCACCAAAAGCCCCUCUCCCUUCUCUCUACCUCCAUUUCUACACUCAAACAGAACAUUUCUUGCCUAGCAAUGAAAGUUCCCGUUUCGUCCCCACAGAACCCGAAACACACCAAUAUAGCCCGAAAUAUCGCCUUUCAUACUGAUAAUACUACUCCCAAUUUGACCUACGAACCUACCUCUGUUCUUGACCUUCGCCGGAGUCCUAGUCCAGCUUCCGGCAAACCCGUUUCUGCAACUGAUCAUUCUCUUGAGUGGGAAGAACAUGUUCUACAAAAUUUCGACUGGGAUUCUAUUAUGAAAGAGUUGGAUUUUCAUGAAGAUUCUGCUCCUACUUUUAAGACGUUUCCUCAAGUUGGUUCUUGCGAGUCUAUAGUCCACAAUCAAAAUCUUCAAGAAUUCACUUUGCCUUCACAUGCAGAUCCUGCUCAGUUUCUUCAUUCUGAUUUUAAUGAUAUAAGCUUCAAUGUUCUACCAACGCAAAAUUUGAGUACUACUCUUGAUUUGUCUCAUAGCACAGGGAACUGGAAUAAUUUUGGGUAUGAUCUUAUUCAAGAAUUUAUUCGAGCAGCCGACUGCAUCGACUCAAAUGAAUUACAACUCGCCCAUGUAAUAUUAGACCGUCUCAACCACCGUCUACAGGCACCGGUCGGAAAACCUCUAAAACGAGCUGCCUUCUUUUUCAAAGAAGCUCUCCAGUCUUUACUCACUGGGUCAACUAGGUCAGUAACUCGUCUUUCUUCAUGGUUCGACGUCGUUCAAACUGUAAAGGCUUAUAAAGCUUUUUCAGGUAUCUCUCCUAUUCCUAUGUUCAAUCAUUUCACCACCAACCAAGCUCUCCUGGAAACCCUAGACGGAUCUCCACCUUUUAUUCAUGUUAUAGAUUUUGAUAUUGGCCUUGGUUGCCAGUAUGCUUCGUUCAUGAGAGAGCUAUUUGAGAAAGCUGACUCGUGUAAACUCACGUCUCCUGUUCUUCGAAUCACUGCUAUCGUAACAGAGGACUGCGCGAUUGAAACUCAGUUGAUCAAACAGUGUCUAUCACAAUACGCUAUUGAACUGAAAAUCAGAUUCCAGAUUGAGUUUGUUCUUUUCCGUACCUUUGAAAUGGUAUCUUUUAAAUCAAUCAAGUUUAUUGAUGGGGAGAAAACAGCCAUUCUUUUAUCUCCUGCUUUCUUUGGCCGUUUGGGCUCAAGUAAUAGCAUCACCGCAUUUGUAACUGAACUCCGGCGAGUGUCGCCGGGCGUUGUUGUUGUUGUAGAUAAUGAAGGGUGGACAGAAUCUGUUGCCACAUCGUUUAGGAGGAACUUUGUCAAUAGUCUUGAGUUUUUCUCCAUGAUAUUUGAAUCGCUUGAUGCGGCGGCCGCUGGUGGAGAUUGGGCAAAAAGAAUAGAGAUGUAUUUGUUAAAACCGAGGAUUUUUUCCGCCGUUGAGGCAUGUGGGAGACGGGUGUCACCGUCGUGGAAGGAGGCGUUUUGUGUGGCGGGAAUGAGGCCAAUGGUGUUGAGUCAGUUUGCGGAUUUUCAAGUGGAGUGUUUGCUGGGGAAGGUUCAAGUGAAAGGGUUCUACGCGGCAAAACGGCAGGCUGAGUUGGUGCUUUGCUGGCAUGAGCGGCCCCUUAUUGCCACAUCAGCAUGGAAAUGUUAGAAAUUAAUUAAAUAAAUAUGGGGUUUUGAUAUAUAUAUAUAUAGUAGUAGUAAUUACCUAUUAUCAAUAUUAUCAUUAUAGGUAUUUUUGGGAUGUAAUAAUUAAUUUAUCAUCCCAAAUCCAAUCAAAUUGUUUUUGGUUUUUGUAGUCUUUGUUGGUAUCAUGCUAGAAAAGUAGGGCUGGGUGCCUUUACUCAACCCCUUGGCCUCUCUCUUUUGUAUAAUUAACAUACAAAUUCUCCAUUCUAUCAAAAAGAUUUGGAGAAGCAUAAAUUGAAAGGGAUAAAACCCAACUAUGGAUCCAUAAUCAUCCAUCUAUUUUA